CGCGCCGAGUCCCCGCCGGCCGGAGGAGGAAGGGAGGGUCGCCGACCCGUCGGGUUCGAAGAUGCCGCAGCGGCACUCGAAGAACAACAACGACCUCGCCUACUUCACCUACGAGGAGAAGCGGAAGCUCGGGUACGGCACGCAGCGGGAGCGCCUGGGCAAGGACUCCAUCAAGCCCUUCGACGCCUGCUGCCUCUGCCUCAAGCCGCUCAUCGACCCGCUCGCGUGCCCCAAGGGCCACACCUUCUGCAAGGAGUGCAUCCUCGAGUGCCUCCUAGCGCAGAAGAAGGACAUCAAGCGCAAGCUUAUAGCUCAUGAUUCCCAGAAAAAGCAAGAGAAGGAAGAGGAGGAGGAGAAGCUGAUGCUGCAAAAAUCCAAGGAGUUGGACGCUUUUGACCAGCAGAAUCACGGAGCAGUCCCCCAAUACCUUGAUCGCAGCGGUUCCCAGGACAAGAAUGGUUUCCAUGGAGCCAACAGUGUGAAGACUACCUCCUUUGAAGAGGAAGCUCUCCGCACCAUGAAGGCGUUCUGGCUUCCCUCUGCUACGCCCGAAUCUACUAUCAAGGUUGAUGCCCCCUCCACUGACACAGUCUGCCCUGAGGGGCAGGAGAAGCUAAAGAUGAAGGCCCUCUUUCCUAUUUCUUUCACUGAGGAGAACGCUGACUACAAGAGCAAGAAGUCAGUGGAGAAGAGCUACAUGUGCCCCAGCUGCAAGUCCACUCUCACAAACACCAUGUCCCUAGUGGCGAUCAGCACCUGCGGCCAUGUCUUCUGCAAGAAGUGCUCUGACAAGUUCCUGGCAACUGAUAAGGUCUGCUUGAUGUGCAGCAAACCAUGCAAAGAGAGGAAUUUGAUUCCUUUGGAGAAAGGAGGAACAGGGUUCGCCGCACACGACGACCGCUUAGAGGCAAAGAAUUUCAAGCAUUUAGGGAGUGGUUCUGGGCUAGGAUUAGUGAGGCCUGCUCCUAAGGCUUAGCCUUAAAUUAUUUACCUGCUGUUGUAUAAUGUUGUGACCUACAAUUGUGUCAAGAGUAUAUGCCGACCUGGAAAUUUUGCUUCAAGGUUUUGAUAUAUUUGUGAGGAGUUUAGUCUGGAACAAUUGAUGCCCAGAUUUGUAUGAUGCAAGUAAACCACGCUUUUUGCUUCA